AUGUCUUAAAAUUCUGAAACUGAAUAAGCAGUUUAAGGUAUUCAAAAUAUGCCUUCUGGAGUUGGAGUUUCUUUUGAUAUUACUACUGGGGAACUAAAACUUCCUGCAAUCUAACUCACCUAUCAAAAAGAGCCCACUCAAGAAUAAAUUUGGAAAGAUCCACUUUCAGAUAACCAAUUUAUUGUAGCUGAUGAGAUACAAAUAGAAUAAAUAGAGUUGUAACCAGACAUCAAAAUAUUUUAAAACGAAUAAGAAUUAUCAAAUGUUUGGAUUUAAGCUGCUUAAAAUGGCUACUGGUUGGGAGGAUAAUAUAGUCACUCAUAAGAUUUAAAUUAGAUAUUUGAAAAAUUCUUUUAAGGAGAUUAAGAAAUGUCUGUUUCACAAAUGGCUAAGAAUGUUCUGAGAUUGACUUUUAAGAGUGAUAAUCUGAGCCUAAAUAAAUAUGCCUAAAGAGCUGUAAAUGCUUUACCUUAAGAAUAUUCACCUGAAGUAUAUAACGAUUUCUUAGAAUCAUGGGGAACUCAUAUUUCUGUUGAUACCUACAUUGGAGGUAUGAUUGAAAAAGUAAGCGCAUUCAAAAGUUGUGUUAAUGCUUCUCCCUCAUUUAAUGGAGGAUUAUCUCCUUAAUAA